GCACGGGGCCAGCCCCUCCUCGAGUGCACCUGGGGUCCAGGUCUCUUCUCUCCACAGGCCCCAGACUCCCAGCUUGAUGUCCCUGGCCACCAGAAGAAAGUGGUGUCAUGGAUAGAUGUGUAUGCUCGUGCCACCUGCCAGCCUCGGGAGGUGGUGGUGCCCUUGACUAUGGAGCUCGUGGGUACUGUGGCCAAACAACUGGUGCCCAGCUGUGUGACUGUGCAGCGCUGUGGUGGCUGCUGCUCUGACGAUGGCCUGGAGUGUGUGCCCACUGGGCAGCACCAAGUCCGAAUGCAGAUCCUCAUGAUCCGGUACCCAAGCAGUCAGCUGGGGGAGAUGUCCCUGGAAGAACACAGCCGAUGUGAAUGCAGACCAAAAAAAAGGCAGAGUGCUAUGAAGUCAGACAGCCCCAGGCCCCUCUGCCCACGCUGCCCCCAGCGCCGCCAGCGCCCUGAUCCCUGGACCUGCCACUGCCACUGCCGACGCCGCAGCUUCCUCCGUUGCCAAGGGCGGGGCUUAGAGCUCAACCCAGACACCUGCAGGUGCCGGAAGCUGCGAAGGUGACACAUUACUUUUCAGACUGUGGGGCCACUUACCUCAUGAGUCAUAUCCCAUGAAAGAAACAAGGGGAACCUGAGAUUAGCCCAACCCAAGACCUGAUCCUGUUGGAAGCUAGGCCUGGGCCUCUCAGAGGACUCUCCUGCUGUCCUUUGUCUGCCGAGGCUGCCUUCUGAUGGAGUUGAUGAGGAGAUGUGGUCCCAGCUUGGGGAGGGGGUGGUGUGCUGUCUCCAUUUGCAGCUACCUUGUGCAUGUGAGCAUCUUACACCUGGCUCCUGCUUCUCCACCCUAAGAAGACCCCACACCUCUGCAAAUAACGGGAUUUGGGCUUUCGUAUGAAAACUGUGAUUCCCACAGCUCUGAUAAAAGAGAUGGAAGGAGCUAUCCCUGCCUGUGUCACUGUUCGUCACU